GCAGAGGCCAACGCAACUCAAAGGGCCGGGUGUCGCGUGCCCUGCCACAACUUUGGCAGCUGUGACGAGUCCUCUGGCCGGUGUCGUUGUCGACCUGGCUUCAAGGGAAAUGGGUACACCUACUGCGACUUUGAUUGUUCUCAGUGUCUACAAGAGGCCAAAUGCGCACCCGAACUGAACAAGUGCAUCUGUCCGCUUGGCUAUACCGGCGACGGGCGCUUGUCGUUGAGGAUCGAGAAAGACGAUGACGUGCUUCGCAUGCAUGAGGACAGUGGACCCCUCGAACUAUACUGUAAACUCACCGGUGAUGUCUCCAAUGCUGCUGUACGAUGGCUGACGCCUAGUGAUGUGGGUCAUCAGACACAGACGAUCAUGAGUGAUGGUAAACAGGUGCGCCUUACAAUAGCGGAGCCAAAGGUGUCCCACAGCGGCCGUUAUGUUUGUCAGGCCGGUGGCGUUGCAGACAACAUCGACGUGGUCAUAGAACGCAGACCGAUGGCUGAAAACAACAAACACCAGCAAGUGGCCCUAGCUCUGGACUGCAAUGCCGACCGCCUCAUCUACACCAGUAACUCAGGGCACGCGCUACGUUGGGGAAACGCCAGUGCUGUUCAAUUAGAAGCGAAACCCACCCUGGUGCUGGAGGACGCUUUCAGUAAAUUUGCGUGGAUUGCAGUGGAUCCCACCUCAGGCAACAUCUUUGCCGCGGAUACGGAAAGGAAGAGGAUAAUAGUGACUCAUCCGGAUCAGCCUGGCAGAACGUACACCUUUGUUCAACUCGGCGAGGAUUCAAACCGUGAUGAUAUUGAGAUUGCCGGACUUGCAGUUCAUCCGAGACUCUCAAUCUGCUGGUUCCAGCGACGAAAUAUCGCGCCGUAUCCUCGCACCGAGAUGCGCUGUGCCCAGUUGGAACCGGAUGGUCUUUCGGUUCGCCAAGGACGGCUAAUGAAGGAAUUCAAUCCGACUGAAGAGCCCUCAAAUGGCCUCAUUCAGGAGGACGAUGCGAUACUGUGGACCCCUCUUUACAAGCGCAUGUAUCGAUCCCUGAACCCGUCCAAGAUGGUUUUCGUGAAGGGAGUCUGCUGUUCCAAUGGUUUUCAGUCAAUCACUGUGCACAAGAUGUGCAGGAAUUCUUACACCAACACUUGCAGCUUCGACAAUGGACGAUGCCGCUUCUUCUGCAUGCCUGGUGGCCUCACCUCAGCACAAAGCUGCAAGUGUCCGGAUGACCAGCCUACCUGCGUUCCCGAGCUGUCAUAA